AUGGCGGAAGGACGCACUAAGACGGAUUUAGACGGAACUAUAAACGAAUUUCUUACUUACGACGAGUAUCUAGACUCUAAGAUAACGCCGUUAGACCUUUAUUAUCUCGAGGAUGAGAAGUUGGCUCGCCAGGUGGUGGAGCUGGGCCUCAGGGGCACUGGCGAGGUCUGGAAGAGAGAGGAAUUCGAGAGCAGGAAAGCAGCUGCUCAGGCCUCCAGGCUCUCCAAAAGGAGUGAGCAGAAGACCCUGGCAAGUGCAGGAAAAGAACUCAAAGACAACUUCCUGAGAGCCCUGGCCGAGCGUGAAGAGGCCAACCGCAGUGGGAAAAAUCAUUCCAUAAUUUUCAUAAGGGACCACAGUGCUUGUGGACAGGAAAUAUCUGGGUAUAUAGACUAUGCCCACAGACUCAAAUCUGAAGACUUUGAACCAUAUUUCUGUGGGAAAAAAAGGCUUUUGCCACGGCCGACUGAUUUAAGUUUCUACAACUGGAAAACAAAUGAAAUAGCAUCACAAGACAGUGAAAACUACUGGGUGACUGCUAAAAAUACAACUGGUGUACUCUUCAAGAACAAGAAGGACCGAAAUUUUGUGAAUGUUGACCCAAAGGCAUCACCUUGUGAACACUCCCCAAGAAUAUACCUUAAGUCCGACAUCUAUCUUCACGUUGCCAUCUUUGACCAUUAUAUCAAGUGUACAAUCUGAAACACACAGUACAGUUCCAGUGGAUUUACCAAACAGUUUGUAGCAAUAAACAAUUCUGCAUAUUCUUCUCACUUAAUCUCUGCAAACAGCUUUGUUGAUGCUUUUUAAAUGUGUAUCAUUGUAUGUAUAUUAUUUCUUUCUCUAAUCUAAGCUAUUCAUAGUUGAAUUAAUGAUAAAUAAUAGAUAUAUUACAAACAAAUCUAUCCAAAAUGCUGUCUAAUACUUAUUAUUGCUUUCUUAAAUGGCACAAAAUACUCUGUAACGCUUUCAUGUUUUUAGAAAAGCAUAUGUCAUGCUUUUCUCUUAAUUAAUAAAUUGUAACUUUUGCACAGAAUUAUUUCAUGGUAUUUCAUCUUGGCACCUACUUACACACGUGGACAAAAUUGUUGGUACCCUUCCAUUAAAGAAAGAAAAAACCCACAAUGAUCACUGAAAAAACAGAAAAAACACCCAAAAAUGGCUAAGAACAAAACAUUGGCCUAUUCUGAAGUGGCCUUCUAUAAGUCCUGAUCUAAAUCCUAUUGAACAUCUGUGGAAAGAGCUGAAACAUGCAGUCUGGAGAAGGCACUCUUCAAAUCUGAGACAGCUGGGGCAGUUUGCUCACAAGGAGUGGGCCAAAAUACCCUUUGACAGGUGCAGAAGUCUCAGUGAGGUUUACAGAAAUCGCUUUAUUGCAGUCAUUGCCUCAAAAGGUUGUGCAACAAAACAUUAAGUUAAGGGAACCAUCAUUUUUGUCCAGGCUAGUUUUAGAUUUUCUUCCUAAAUCAUGCCAAAAACAUAUCUUGCUGGACCUCAUGUGUCAUAGAAAGAGAGAAAUUAUCACUUCCUGCCCCACCGGUCUAAAAGACAGACACCAAUACGGAUGUACCGAAGUCUUUUCCAUGGGCCUGGUGUUUAUGAAUGGGACAUGAUGCCUCAUCUGGAUCACACUAUAUCCUACAGGAUUUGUGUCUGAACAGCACUGGGAGCCUUUAAUGCCCUUUAUAAGCCACAUCAUUCAAUCUCUCGUCCCAAACAUUACUAAGAAAUAUUAUGUAGAGCUUACUCUAAAUGAGUCCUACUAGCUUUUAUGUUCAUUGCCAUGUAUUGGAAUGUGAUUGAUCACGUCCAUCUAGAUAAUAGCAUCUAUCAUUUGGAAGUCUAUUAAAUAAUAUAUUAGUUAUAUUUCUAACCUGUUUUUCUUCGACUUCUCCUUGUCUU